AUGUCCCCAGCAGGAUUGAGGUAUCAGUCCACGACCUUUGGCACGGCACCUCAAGAGACCAAAUCUGGUUCGUACAUCUACUCUGGUAGCCCCAGUGGAUUCCAUGAGUGGGAGUUCAGGACUAAGAUACGUGUGGAGUUCCUCAAGCAGAAGAUCAGGAAGAAGAUUUUGGAGCACAGAACCAAGUCUACGUCAACUUCACCAGAACGAGGACGUGCUGAGAGGAGUCCCGUCAUUGGACGAGGAAGAGAUGAUGAAGCCCAGGCGACUGAAGUGCCUGGAGCACGGGAGCAUGAUGACCCUGGAAGCCCAGAAGAUGGACAAGCAGGACAUGAUGCACAGGGAGAUGGUGAUCAGGAGGAGGAGCGUUCUGACUAUGCUUCACCUCGUGUUGCGCCUCGCUUCCCUGGCUCAGUCGAGGAUGAACAGCUUUCAGGAGAGAUCGAUUCCCUGAGGGCUGAGUUGGUGCAAAAGGUGUUGGAAGGUCUGAGAGGUGAUGCCUAUCUCACAGCUCAAGACCUUGGUGUUGAGACUUUGAUGAAGGAUGGUGGAAUCGAGACGCUGAUCGCAACCUUGAAAAAGACGAUCUUUCCCCUACAGUCCUUGGAAGCCAAGGAGCUUUUUCGAGUUGGACAGAUGCAGCAAGGCCUCCUGUCGCGCCAGACGGGGGAGUCUGUGACUUCCUUCAUCUCAAGACGUCGCAGAUGGUGGCGCCAGGUGAAGGAGCUUGAUUCCAAUAUGUUGAUUUCCGACCAGAUGCGUGCCGAGCUUCCCAUCGAGAGCGCUGGUUUGACCAAGCAGGAGCAGCUCAUGAUCAGAACUGCUGCCAAGAACCAUACGUUUGAUGACUAUGCAGCCAUCUUGCUUGAGAUUCCAGAUCCCUUGGCACCGCAGUACAAGUCCAUUUCCAAUUACCCCCAGAAGAAGGGACAAUCCAAAGGGUCGUCCAAAGGACCACAAAGGUCCUGGUAUGGAAGCAAUCGCACAGCCCAUUGGUCAGAAGCCAAUGAGGGUACCUGGCAUGAGCCAGAGGAGUAUCGCGAAGAAGAAGAAGAAGGACACGAAGAACACUACGAUGAACACGGGUAUUUUGCCCACAACGAUGAAUCAGAACAGCCCACUGAGUGGGACUUUGUCGAUGAUGAAGACACCGCAGCUGCCUUGGUCGCGAUGGCCGAGUGCGACCAUGAUGAAACACCAGCUGAAGGGCUGGAUGAGCUUGCAGAAGCUGCCCAACAGCUUUAUGUGGGUUACAUGGCCGCUGGCACCCAUAAGGGGAAGACCAAGGGUUUCAAAGGGGAAGAAGCCGCCCGUCAGUACAUGGCUAUCAGUGAUGAUGAGUCACCUGCAGGUGAGUAUGGUGUUUUGCAUGUGAGCUCACGGCAAGAAAAGGAACAUGCUGCUUUCAUGGCUUACAAGACCCCAGUUUCCAGACGUUCCAAGGCACCACCUUCAGCAGGUGGAUCAUUGGGUGGAUCAGCCGAAUCAGGUGAUUUCAGCAUGGUCAGUGACAACCGCAAGGACAGGGCACGUAGAACUCGAGUCCCGGCCUCUGCACAGGGAAGUGAAAGCUUGCCUGAUGGGUCUGACAACAAGUUCACGUUUGGUCAACAUGUUGGGUUGUCUUACCAUGAGGUUUUGCAUAAGUACCCUGGUUAUUACCUAUUGGGAAAGGAGCAGAAGUCACCUAGCAAGGGUUUGGCAGACUUCUUGGAUUGGGCCACAGACAACUAUGAAAUCAAUGGUGCCUGUGCGAACAGUGAGCACGAAGCCCACGCCAACGGCAGGUGUGGAGUACAAGCAGCCACCGCCGAAGCCUCCACCCCCGCCACAUCGGGAGGACAAGAAGUCGAUUACGAUUCGAUCAAGGACACCUGUUCGCCGUGCAGCACCUGGCUCAGCAGGAGACCGACCUGGAGGGAUUUUCCUUGGCUUGGUUAUGCUUCUUCAAGGACUUCAAGCGCCAGUGCCGGUCGUCCGGAAGAGUCUGUGGAAUCAGCUCCGGCGAACGCGCUUCUCAAGGCAAUGGAAAAGAUGCAAGAGCAACUCAAUGAGCUGAGAAGGGAAAAGGAGGAGGAAGCAUCCCGCCGACGCCGGCGGCGUUCGAGGUCCUAUUCCCGACGCCGCAGGCGAUCAAGGAGCGAUUCGAGAGAUUCGAGACGUCGAGGGCAAAGAAGGCCGCGGACACCAACACCGCCGAGGGCCGAACUCAGAGGUCGAGCCCCACUUCCGAGGCCUCCGUCGGUACCACCGCCGGACAGAAGCCGCUCGGAGAGCGAGCGCAAUUGGCCGAAGCAGGCCGGGUACAGCGGAUACAGCGGAUACAGCGGAUACACAGAAAACCGCUGGCCUGCCCAUUGGAAGUUCCCGGUGCUGCGGCAGCCCCCCAACACAUGGAACCGAAGAGUUCAGGUUGGAAAGACGCCUGUGGAGUUGUUGGACGAGCUGUACUUUGCCGAGAACAAGGGAUGGGGAUUCAAAGCCCGGUGUUUGAGGUGGAUUGGUCCCUACUUCCCUGGGUCUGACCCGUCAUCCAGACAGCGCACAGCUUUGGAGAACGCCAACCAUGAGUCCAACAUCAAGGUCGUCGUCUUGGGAGAAGACCCUGCUCCUCUUCAGUUCAGCACAGAGCUGAUGAAGGGUGAAAUGCCAUGGACUGUCACUACGUUUGACUACGUGGCAGGGCAGUGGACCCUGACCGGAGUUCGAGAGAUUUGCACUGACCCCCCAGCAUGGAACCAAGAAGCCCAGUCGAGGAUCAUGAUGUUUGUGCCCGGUGACGCACUCACCGAGGAGGUUGACGAUGAUCUCACUGGUGACGCCGGUGAUGGUGAAGAAGGACAUCAUCCAGAUGAUCCAAAGGACGAUGAGCCUGGUGAUGGUGAGAUGCAACCUGAAGAGCAUGAGGAGGACGUCCAUGACCCUCCAGAAGCAGGGAACGCAACAGAGUACCCUGGAGUGGAAGGUUACGAAGCAAUGCUUGGUGUUGAGUUGUCAUGUGAUGGAAAAGACACCCCAAUUCAAGAGAACCCCCAAAGACAGAUUUCCGAUGAAAGUGUUGUAGGCCCCUUGCAACUGUCCAAUGAUGUAGGUGACCACCCAGCUUGUGCCCUGGACUCAUCUCAGGAGUUCACAGAGCAGCUGACUGUGCAGCCACCUGGCCGAGAGAUCGUUCUGUCACCGUCUUCAGAGGGUGAAGACAACGAUGUGGAGCGGUGUGGCCCACCUGUGGUGGAAGCAAUGUACAGCGUUGACUGUGGAGAUUGCAAUUUGCCCUGGAAAACCCAUGAUGGAGUUGAGAACCUGGACAUCCAGGAGGAUUGGACAAAGACACGCAAGAAGCUGAUUGAAAUGGUUUCCCAAAAACCACCUGGUUUGAUUGUUGCCUACGUUUCCAAGACUGAUCGUUUGGACUUGUUGGGAGAUCUUUGGGUUGAAUCAGACUUGAAUAGCUGUGGAGCGGUUGUGUUUUGCCCACAUCAUGAUUUCCAUGACUUCCAUGAUAUUUGCAUGUCAACACGUGGUGAUUUGACCGUCUACCUGGCAGGCCCCUUUGCAGACGAGCUUCAGGAGGAGAUCCUGACUUGGGACCAGUCACAUGUCACCCCAAAAUGCUUUGAAGAUUCCAAGAAAAUUGACAUGCUUGAACUGCUUUGCAAGAAGUCAGAAGAAAGGUAUUUGUGCAGUUUUGCACGUACCUGUUUUGUUGGUGAAGCAAUCGAAGAUGAUGAGGAGGAUUUGGACCCCUCGUCUGAAGACAUGCCAGCACAACCCAUGGAUGAUUCAGUUGACCUGGAACAGCUGACCCCAGCUGAACAAGAGUCCCUAGCACUUGACCAGCUUGCGCUGCCAGGAACCAUGGAUGAACAGAAGCGCAUGGCACUGUGGAGAAGGCUCCCACAGCGCACGCGCAUAGCCAUCAGGCGCUUGCACCGUCAGUUUGGACACCCCACGCCUCAGACUCUGAGAGCGAUCUUGAAGGCAGGCAAGGCACCUGCUGAGUUGGUGGAAAGUGCACGCCUGGUCAGAUGCACAGUUUGUGAAGAUGCCAAGCCACGUCCCAGAGAGCAUCCAGUAGGACCCAAGUUUCAAUUUGAGUUCAACGCUUGUGUAGGCAUGGAUGUUGCAGAAGCCAGAGAUGAUGGUGGAAACAAGUAUUCCAUACUCAGUUUUGUGGACAUUGCCACUGGGUUUCACUUGGCUGAAGUUGUCAAGGUUGGUGGUGGCAUGCCAACAUCCGAGCGUUGUGCUGAUGCUAUGCUUAGCCGAUGGGUUAGCUGGGCCGGCUGGCCAAAACAAGCUACCAUGGAUCGUGGUAUGCAGAAUCGAGGCGAGGUACAAAGGUUGCUAGCCAGCCAUGGUUGUGAGGUGAUCUUUGCGCCCUUGGAGACACCCUCAGCCAUAGGAAAGGUUGAAAGGGCACAAGGUGUGAUGAAAGCAAUGUUGAGGCGUGUAGUAGCUGAUGCUGAGGCUACAGGUGAGAGAGACUUCAGUAUUUGUUUGCAUGAAACUUUGGCCACCAAGAACCCCAUGGGCCGAGUCAAUGGAUACAGUCCGUCUCAAUGGGUAUUGGGUAAGAACCGGAGGUGCCCCGGCAGUAUGACUGACCUGGAGGAAGCUGGAAACCUUGGAGUGUUGGAAGAGUCACUUGACCCGUCAGCCCGUUUUCACCUGAACCAUGCAGCCCGCAUGGCCGCUCAGAAGGCUUUUGUGCACCUGGACACGUCUUCACGCAUCCAAAGAGCACUGCUUCGAAAUGCAGCUGUACAGGACAAAACCUUCAAUGUGGGAGAUCUUGUGGUGUAUCGCCGUGACAACCAAGUUGGUGGGACGAUUUGGUCCACUGCUUCACGCAUCAUUGGCAAAGACCCACACCGUGGUCUUUGGCUUUUACAUGAAGGUGUUCCCGUUUUGGUUGCUGAAAACAAGGUGAGGUUGCCGACGAAGCACCGUCGAGCUCAGCAGCAGGAAGUGGUCGAGGACAGAAACGCUAUGAUGUGUACGCAUGUGGAUGACCUGCUCUUCGCCUACACGGACGAAGGCAAGGAAGCUGUGGAUGCCAUCCUCAACCGCUUUUCGGUUGGGAAGAUCGAAGAAGGAUCGUUCCGCUACUGGGGACGCCGCUUUUCUCAGGAUGAAGAUUGCACGAUUCACGUGGAUGUCCGUGACAACACACGGAACUUGAAACCCGCCGCAAUUGGGAAAGACCGAAAAAUGAAUGACCCCCUGACUCAGGAGGAAUUGACUUCUCUCCGGAGUGUGGUAGGAGGACUGGCCUGGAUCAGCCGCUAUGGUCGGCCAGAUCUUGCUUAUCGCGUGAAUGAUGCCAACAGAGUUGUUGAACUUGCUUUGCAGGGAAGUGACUUCAAAAUCACUUUCAAGACUGAUUGGAUCGACUGGAGCGACCUUGCGGUCGUCACCUUUUCCGAUGCCAGCUUCGCGAAUGAAGCUGAGUACAAAAGUCAGCAGGGACGAAUCCACUACAUCACGUCCCGCAGCGAUGUGAAGACAGGUGAGCACAGAUUUCACCUGAUCGGAUUUGGAUCUUCGACUUUGAAAAGGGUUUGUCGAGCCACUUUACAGGCCGAAUCGUAUGCCUUGCAGGGAUCAAUCGAAUCUGGUGACAAGAUUCGAGCUUUGCUCUGCGAAUUGAUCGGACGCCUGACUUCAGUCAAGGAAUGGUAUCAGCAGAGUCAGCAAGCAAUGCUGCACUUGUACUUCACCGACUGUCGCUCUCUCAGCGACCAUCUGUUGCGUGAAGUUGCACGCAAGGUGCAAUACAAACGCUUAGGAAUCGAACUCUCUGCACUCCGUCAAGCGCUUUGGAUCAAUGCUGCGAAAACUUCCCAGAAGUACUACCCGGCAGGUGAUGAAGUUGAAUGGAUCGAUACCGGCAGGCAGUUGGCUGAUUGUCUGACCAAAAGUAUGAAGCCUGAUUUCCUUAUCAGGGUGCUUGCCGCAGGGUACAUCAACGUGCUGAAGCAGAACUGA